GUGACAUUAACACGGAAGUCCAGACAGAAACUACUUGGGAACGCGAGGGAACAUUCAUACAGCCUCUGUAAUUCCGUCUGUGUUUGCUGCAUUUGUCUUAGUCCCCUCUCCUCCCGCUGACCGACCUGUACCAGGCUGGUGAGGAGGUGUGGGACCAGAACUGCGGACUGCCUCAUUAACCCCGGCUCAUCCGGACCUGUCUGUCUGUAAUGAGCGAUGGACGCUCGAUAACCGAAUAGGGUCGGGAGCAGCAGCGCAGACUGAAUUCCGGCGCAGGGUCGGCGCAUUUCUCAUCCGGGACCGCACCGAACUCCCUCCGGUUUCAGCAACAGAGCAGAGAAGCCGCUCCCUGCUCCGAGGAAUGUCUGCGUGACGGAAUCCGCCCUGUGGAUAGGGAGCAGUUUGCAAACAGAAAAAUCGCGCUGUCAGUCUCACAGAACAGCAACACCGGCCCCUCCCCCAUAGCUACUAAAUAUCCCUCGCUUGGUUUUCUGGUAAGAAAUUGGAAGAAAAAUAUAUCCAGACCGAGACAGAACAUUGUUGGUGAAUUGAGGUUAAAAAUGACAAGGAAUUUGUCUACGGGAAUCUCGAACACAACACGCCAGUUUUGCUGUGUCUGCCCAGAUAUUUAAAAAGUGGAACGUUGUAUUCAUGCAUUUGUCCUUCCUGCUCAGACUGUGAGGAGGGAUUUAUUUGCCGAUCCUUCUUGUUUAGACUGGGAAGGGACACGCUCGGUCAUCUGACCUACUGGCAUACUCGUCAUUUUACACAGGGUUCAUCUGCUCCGACUGUGGGAAAGUAUUCACUUGGUCAUCUCAACUAAAGGUACAUGAGCGAGUUCACACUGGGACAAGGCCAUUCACCGGUUCUGUGUGUGGGAAGGGAUUCACACGGUCAUCCCACUUAUGGACACACCAGUAAGGAGAGUCCGGUCACCCUGCUUAAUUUGUGGGGCAGCUCAUCUGACCUAAUGGCACAUCAGCGAGUUCACACUGGGGAGAGGCCACUCACCUGUUCCGAUUGUGGGAAGAGAUUCACUUACUCUUCCAGCCUACAGAGACACCAUUCACUUCACAAUGGAAUGUGGUUGUCCACCUGCUCAGACUGUGGGAAGAGAUUCACUUCGUUCUUUCAGCUGAAAGCACAUCAGAGACUUCACACUGGGGAGAGGGUAUUCAUCUGUUUGUUGUGUGGGAAGGGAUUCACUCGGUUAUCUAACCUAAAAGCACACAAGUCAGUUCACACUGGGGAGAGGCCUUUCACCUGUUCAGACUGUGGGAAGAGAUUCACUCGAUCAUCUCAACUGAAGGUACAUCAGAGAGUUCACACCAAGGAGAAGUUAUUCACCUGCUCAGACUGUGGGAAGAGAUUCACUCGAUCAUCUCAACUGAAGGUACAUCAGAGAGUUCACACCAAGGAGAAGUUAUUCACCUGCUCAGACUGUGGGAAGAGAUUCACUCGACCAUCUCAACUGAAGGUACAUCAGAGAGUUCACAUCAAGGAGAAGUUAUUCACCUGCUCAGACUGUGGGAAGAGAUUCACUCGAUCAUCUCAACUGACGGUACAUCAGAGAGUUCACACCAAGAAGUCGUUCACCUUCUCAGACUGUGGGAAGGAAUUCACUCAGUCAUCCCACCUACUGAAACACCAGUCAGCUCACACUGGGGAGAAGCUGUUCACCUGUUCAGACUGUGGGAAGGGAUUCACUCACUCUUCCAGCCUACAGAGACACCAGUCAGUUCACACUGGAAAGAGGCCAUUCACCUGCUCAGACUGUGGGAAGGGAUUCACUGGGUCCUUUCAGCUGAAGGCACAUCAGAGAAUUCACACCGGGGAGAGACCAUUCACCUGUUUGUUGUGUGGGAAGGGAUUCAGUCGGUUAUCUAACUUAAAAGCACACAGGUCAGUUCACACAGGGGAGAGGCCGUUUACCUGCUCAGACUGUGGGAAGGGAUUCACUCGAUCAUCUCAUCUGAAGGAACAUCAGAGAAUUCACACUGGGGAGAAGCCGUUCACCUGCUCAGAAUGUGGGAAGGGAUUUACUCAAUCAUCAUACCUGCAGAGACACAAGCUAAUUCACAGUGGGGAGAGGCUGUUCACCUGUUCCGACUGUGGCAAAGGAUUCAAUCGAUUAUACCACUUACAGAUGCACCAGCGAAUUCACACAGGGGAGAGGCCGUUCAGCUGCUCAGUCUGUGGGAAGGAAUUCCAUCGAUCAUCUGACCUUCGGAGACACCAGCGAAUUCACACUGGGGAGAAGCCAUUCACCUGCUCAGUCUGUGGGAAAGGAUUCACUUUGUCAUCUCACCUACUGACACACCAGUCAGUUCACACUGGUGAGAGGCCGUUCACCUGCUCAGUCUGUGGGAAGAGAUUCACUCAGUCAUCCAACCUACUAAGACACGAGCGAGUUCACACUGGGGAGAAGUCGUUCACUUGCUCAGACUGUGGAAAAGGUUUCAUUCGGUCAUCUGAACUGCUGGCACACCAGCGAGUUCACACUGGGAAGAAGCCGUUCACCUGCUCAGCCUGUGGGAAGGGAUUCACUCGGUCAGCCACCCUACUGGCACACCAGUCAGUUCAUACUGGGGGAGGCCGAUCAUCUGCUCAAACAGUGGGAAGAGAUUCUCAGCCAAAUAAACUGAAUGAGCAUCAGUGAGUUGACAAUGUGGAGAGGCCGUUCACCUGCUGAGAAUGUGGGAAGGGAUUCACUCAGACAACUAACCUUAUGACACUAUCGGGUUCACACUGGGGAGAAAUUUUAAAUAAGCUGCAUGCUGGAUAUUUGUCCAUCACCAUUGCUGAAUGCAAUGUCGAGAGUGACUGUCGGUGCUGAACUCUGCAAUUAUUGCUGCUGCUCACCAUACCCAGUUCUGCGCCCUGGUCACUGGGCAUGGGAGGAGUUUCUUCUGCUGCAUAUUCACCUUUAAUGGGACUGGAGUUUAAUAUUAUGGAUCUGAAACAAAUAAAUCAGUUCUAUUUUAAACUCUGUCUCCAGUACUUAGUGAAUUUAUAACACACUUAGUGUAUAGUCGAGAGUCAACUCGGGCCGGCUGGACCCUGCCAGUGAUUCUGUUCUACGACAGUC